AUGGUGAACCACAUCGCUGCAGCGACAUGUGAUACGCCUUUCAAUUUCUUGAAGAGAAAAGAACACCAAAAGAAGUCUCGUGUCACACGCUUUCCUCAAAGCUUCGUAGCCAGGACAUGGCAAACGCAAGAUCAGUCCCGUGGUGAGACCGACAUGGCAGCUAUAGCACCGCCACUAUUCUUAAAUGCAGCAUCAUCAGGAUUCUCACUGUCGGCUACUUGCCCGCCUUCUUCAUUUACUGGUAUACUUCAUCUUUCUCGGUCCUUCAAUCUGAAUCUCCCCGGUCUCUAUGUCAUCCACCCAACUGGUAACACAUCUCAAUCUCCCACAAGCUCUGCGAUAGCUGCCUGCCUCCUCCGAAAAGUCAGGGUAAGUACCGGGAACACAGUAACAAUCAAUUCACCUGUUUCUCAACACACAAGGAAAAGAACCCAAUUUUGA